AGUGGAUCACAUGAUUAACAGUGGGAGGUAUCUAGUGUAGAUUAUUCUUGCUGGAGAAAAAGAUUUUAAAUUUCCUUGUGUCAGAAAUGUGGCGGCCUGGUGCUUGUCGGCAGAUCCAAGUUAAAUUCUGUCAUAACUGAACCCAAGUUGCCUGCAUAGUUCUUGCAGUCGCAGUGGUACAGAAUGGCCGACCUCAGUCUUGUGGAUGCAUUGACAGAACCACCUCCAGAAAUUGAGGGAGAAAUAAAGCGAGACUUCAUGGCUGCACUGGAGGCAGAGCCCUAUGAUGACAUUGUGGGAGAGACUGUGGAGAAAACUGAGUUUAUUCCUCUCCUGGAUGGUGAUGAGAAAACCGGGAACUCAGAAUCCAAAAAGAAACCCUGCUUAGACACCAGCCAGGUUGAAGGUAUCCCAUCUUCUAAACCAACACUACUAGCCAAUGGUGAUCAUGGAAUGGAGGGGAAUAACACUGCAGGGUCACCAACUGACUUCCUCGGAGAGACAGUGGACUAUCCGGAUUAUCAGAACAGCCAGAACUGGCCAGAAGAUACAAGCUUUUGUUUCCAGCCUCAGCAAGUGUUAGAUACUAACCAGGCUGAGCCCUUUAACGUGCACCAUGAUGAUGCUUUGGCAGAUCUGCUCUUUGUCUCCAGUGGACCCACAAAGGCUUCUGCAUUUACAGAGCAAAACAAUCCGUCAGAAGACAGUUAUGGUAUGCUUCCCUGUGACUCAUUUGCUUCCACGGCUGUUGUAUCUCAGGAGUGGUCUGUGGGAGCCCCAAACUCUCCACACUCAGAGUCCUGUGUCUCCCCAGAGGUUACUAUAGAAACCCUACAGCCAGCAACAGAGCUCUCCAAGGCAGCAGAAGUGGAAUCAGUGAAAGAGCAGCUGCCAACUAAAGCAUUGGAAAUGAUGACAGAGCAGACCACUGAUGUGGUGCACUCUCCAUCCACAGACACAGAGGUAACACUGCCUAAAGACAUAGAAGACAUCACCAAGCCAGAUGUGAUAUUGGCAAAUGUCACUGAAUCGGAUAUGCUCCUGGCCCAGGACAUGGAACUACUCAGAGGAACAGAGGCAGCCCACGCUAACAAUAUCAUAUUGCCUACAGAACCAGACGUAUCUUCAACCAAGGAUGUAGCACCACCUAUGGAAGAAGAAAUUGUCCCAGGCAAUGAUAUGACAUCCCUCAAAGAAACAGAGACAACACUUCCAAUACAAAUGGACUUGGCACCACCCGAGGAUGUGUUACUUACCAAAGAAACAGAACUAGCCCCAGCCAAGGACAUGGUUUCACUCUCAGAAAUAGAAGUGGCUCUGGCAAAGAAUGAUGAGUCCUCUGCAGAAAUACCUUUGACUCAGGAGACGGUGGUCUCAGAAACAGAGGUGGUCCUGGCAACAGAGGUGGUACUGCCCUCAGAUCCCAUAACGACAUUGACAAAGGAUGUGACACUCCCCUUAGAAGCAGAGGGACCCCUAGUGACGGACAUGACUCCAUCUCUGGAAACAGAAAUGACCCUAGGCGAAGAGACAGCUCCACCCACAGAAACAAAUUUGGGUAUGGCCAAAGACAUGUCUCCACUCCCAGAAUCAGAAGUGGCUCUGGGCAAGGACGCGGUUAUACUUCCAGAAACAAAGGUGACUGAAUUUAACAAUGUGACUCCACUUUCAGAAGAGGUAACCUCAGUCAAGGACAUGUCUCCGUCUGCAGAAACACAGGCUCCCCUGACUAAGAAUGCCGAUCUGCACUCAGGAACAGAGCUGAUUGUGGACAACAGCAUGGCUCCAGCCUCGGAUCUUGCACUGCCCUUGGAAACAAAAGUAGCAACAGUUCAAAUGAAAGACAAAGGAACUGUACAGACUGAAGAAGAACUAAGUGAAGACUCCCAGUUAGAAUCUAUACAGCACAAGGGACAGUCAGCAGUACCUCCUUGCAUGGCUUCACCAGAACCAGUCAAAGCUGCAGAACAAAAGUCUACCUUGCCAAUAGAUGCAGCUUCUCCAUUAGAGAACUUAGAGCAGAAGGAAACAUCUGGCAGCCAGCCUUCUGAGCCUUGCUCUGGUUUCCCUUCCUCACAAGGUAAACACGUUUGCAGACCCAAUGACCGCAGGUCAGCCCGGUCUAAACCUGCCAGGGUCCCUCCUGAGCUACUGGAAGGUUCUCCUCCAUGGAAGAUUCUUGAUCCCAAGCUGGGCCCCUGCCCAUUUUCUGAAUUGGGUUGGGUCUCUGGUUCAUCUUCCGGUGGUGAGCAUGGGAACCAAAGAAAAGUUAUUCAUGCUGAAUUCCUACCCCAGAGAGAUCAUGGCAGGGAAGCCAGGGAUAUAGAGAGCAUGCCAAUGAUGAUGAAGAAAAAGAAGAAGAAACCAAAGCAAAAAAGAUAUCCUCAGUCCCGAGCUGGGGGACCUUGGGAUGACGAUAAUGCAGAAGAGCGCCAUGUUGCUCAUGGGCCUCUGAAGUCAGGUGUGGGCCCUAGCCAGCCUACUACUGUGGACACAGAAUGUGGAUUUGUGUCCAGAGAAGUCUGGAAGCGUGACUGUGCAGAGUGUCCUGGGGUUACUUCAUGUCCAGAACAGCCUCCCGAAAUCGUGGUAAAAGCUCAGCUCAAGCAGAGAGUAGAAGAUGACCACAGAGAUAAAAGCCUGCUAUCAGGGAACCAAGAUAAGAACUUGCUGCAGCAAGAGGAAGAGAGAGCCCCAGCUACAUCACACCUGAAGUCUUCAGUGGGUACAGGCAGGGCAGUGAGUCCAUCGAGUGUGAAAGGAACCCCAGGUGACAGCACUACACACAAAGUGACAGCUCUGCAAGGCAGCUGUUCCCCUUUACUGGCCCAAGAUAUUAUGAAUAAAGUUCCAAAACCCACAACAGAGAAAGUGCUGCCAAGUCUGACCCUCCCUUCCUCAGCAGACCAUCCAUUAGAAGACGGUCUGAAGGCAGAGAGUGGUGGAAGUAGAGCAGCUGCACUGCAGGUUCCUGAUGCCGUCGGGGCCAUUAAAGAACUGAGACCAGACACAACCCCGGAACAAAGACAAGGAACCAGCCUGCUUGCUUCCAAAGAGCUUAAAGACCAAGAAUUAAUUCAAGCUCCUGGGCCAGAGAAUGAGCUGUUUAAGAAAAUGACAGACGAUAGCAAAAGCAGGAAGGGAAGGGGUCCUGGGAAAGUCAGAGCAGGCUCAGGGAAGUCGGGAGCCAAAGCUGAGGUGCCAUUCCUUCUGACCAGUGACAAGGAGGGGAAAGCUGUACCUUCGCCAAGUGAGCCAGUCCCUGAAACUGGAGUAGUGAGUAUUAAGGAUCCUAGAAGAGGGCUAUGCUUGGAGUCUUCUAAGCAACCAGGGGCCUUUACUGAUCUCACUGAGGCAGUGCUGAGGGUGGCAGAAGAGGUGGUUGAUGGUGGUGUGGGAGGCACCUUGCAGCCAUUAAUUCCUUUGGAAAGUGGGUCAAGUUUGACUCAGACUUUGAAUGCUAGGACAGAAAGAAGAGCUGAGGUUAAAAAUAUGGGCACCAGUAAACAGAGCAAGGAAGGGAAGUGUCCUUGGAUGGAUCAUGAGUCAACCCCCUGGGUUUCUGAAAAGACUAAAAAGAGAGGCAAUGAAGGCAGGAACAAAAAGUUUAAAAAUAAUUACCCUGUACAGCCUAGCAGAGCGGAGGGCAGGGAGGAAAUCGCAAGCUCACCUUGUGUAGAAAAGCACAGUGAUGAUGGUAAUGUUGCCCAUAAAAACAGUGAACUAGGACAGGGUUCCCCCAAAAUACACGCUCCUUUGUUCUCACACACAUCAGGUAUAGCUACAGAGGAAGGUGCUGACCUCAAGAGUAAGAAGGAUGAGUCUAAUUCUAUUCAACUUGGGGAUCUUGCAGGGAAUAAAACAAACUCAGUCCAAAGUUCUGCUGUUACUACUGAACCAGCUGCCAAGGUGACAGAUUUGAGCUCCACAGGCCCAAUCCAGGGGGCAGGAUUUGUUCCCUCAGUAGGAACUGAGGAAAACAAGACCUGUGUAGCCAAGGGACAGGCUGCAGUGCCCAGGAAACCUAACAAAAGGAGCAAUGAUGGGAAAUGUAAAAAGGCUCAGAGCAGCUUUCCUGAGAUUAAGACAGAUAUAACAAAUCCCACAAAAGCCACGGGAGACUGCAGAAUUGAGGGAAUGGGGUAUGUGGAUGAAAAUAGAAAUAUUACAUUUACCUCUGGGAGAGCACCUUCGGGGCUGAUGGGUAAAUCAAUUUCUCUAGAGGCUGUGGGAUCAGCAGGCUGUGAAAUGAUGCCCUGCCCUAUUCCUCAAGUAGGAAAGGAAAAUAAUUCCUUCCCAGACAAUUCCAGAAAAAGUGAGCAAAAAAAUAAUAACUUCAAAUUAUUCCCACAAGAUACAUGUAGCAAAGAUGGAGUCCCAGGUCAAGAAAGGCCCAAGGCUCCCCCUGCUGCUAUGUCCUCUACUAGUACAAAAGGAGUUACUGGGACUUCUACAGAAGCCCAAGAGAAGUUUAGCAGUCUUGGAGAUCACUCUCUUAAGAAUAAAGGUGGGCUUGCUGAUUACAGGGAAAAUGGAGUAGGGAUAACCCCUGAAAGGCAUGUGGUAGGGAAACCUGUGUCAGAGCAGCACCAGUCCUCUGAGCACUCAGCACAGCAUGCCACAGAGCCCACUAAAGGACACUUACUUCCUGCUGUGUUCACAGAAAGCCAGAGCCUUCCAGAAGAGGUCAGAGUCCUAGACACACAUGCAGAUAGUGGUAAUUUGCCAGUGUCUCUGAUAAAGGAAGAGAAGAGAAAUGAGAAAGACUCUGCCCCAGUUAGAAAUCCUGACCCUCUUAGACAGAAAAUAGAGAAAUUCAGUUUGUCUGAUGAUCAAAAUGAGAAAGAGAGAGAUUCCAAGGGCCCAGAGAGUUUGGAUAAGAAGGUAGCUAUCACUCUUUUGCCUCCAGAAAAUGAAAAGGAUAAAUUAAAAGAAGCUAGUCUGUCAUGUGAAGUCACAACAUUGGAACGCAUUUCCACAUCAGCAACAGAACUUGAGUGUGAUAUUUUGUGUGACAGUGUUGAGGGGGGAAGUAAAGUAGUGGUGACUGCUUCCGAGGACCCUCAAGUCCCAGAGGUCAGAGCUCCUCAGAAGGUGACAGGGCUGUCAGAACUGAAGGUGCUGGGUGAAAGGAAGAAGGAAGAUAAAGGCAGAAUGGCAGAGCCAAUGAAAGGCUACAUGAGACCCACCAAAUCUCGAGGACUCACUCCAGAUCUGCCAAAGUCUGCAAGUCAGGAAAGAGAGAGAUCCAAGCUGCUCAAGUCCAGUGGAGUAUCCCGGCAAGAAGAAGGAAAGGCUGCUGUAGGUGUGACUGGAAAUGACAUCACUACCCCACCAAACAAGGAGCUACCACCAAGCCCAGAAAAGAAAGCAAAGCCUUUGGCCACCACUCAACCUGCAAAGACUUCAACAUCGAAAGCCAAAACACAGCCCACUUCUCUCCCUAAGCAACCAGCUCCCACCACCUCUGGUGGGCUGAAUAAAAAACCCAUGAGCCUCGCCUCAGGCUCAGUGCCAGCUGCCCCACACAAACGCCCUGCUGCUGCCACUGCUACUGCCAGGCCUUCCACCCUACCUGCCAGAGAAGUGAAGCCAAAGCCAAUUACAGAAGCUAAGGCUGCCGAAAAGCGGACCUCGCCAUCCAAGACCUCAUCUGCCCCGGCCCUCAAACCUGGACCUAAAACCACCCCAACCGUUUCAAAAGCCACAUCUCCCUCAACUCUUGUUUCCACUGGACCAAGUAGUAGAAGUCCAGCUACAACUCUGCCUAAGAGGCCAACCACCAUCAAGACUGAGGGAAAACCUGCUGAUGUCAAAAGGAUGACUGCUAAGUCUGCCUCAGCUGACUUGAGUCGCUCAAAGACCACCUCUGCCAGUUCUGUGAAGAGAAACACCACUCCCACUGGGGCAGCACCCCCAGCAGGAAUGACUUCCACUCGAGUCAAGCCCAUGUCUGCACCUAGCCGCUCUUCUGGGGCUCUUUCUGUGGACAAGAAGCCCACUUCCACUAAGCCUAGCUCCUCUGCUCCCAGGGUGAGCCGCCUGGCCACAACUGUUUCUGCCCCUGACCUGAAGAGUGUUCGCUCCAAGGUUGGCUCUACAGAAAACAUCAAACACCAGCCUGGAGGAGGCCGGGCCAAAGUAGAGAAAAAAACAGAGGCAGCUACCACAGCUGGGAAGCCUGAACCUAAUGCAGUCACUAAAGCAGCCGGCUCCAUUGCGAGUGCACAGAAACCGCCUGCUGGGAAAGUCCAGAUAGUAUCCAAAAAAGUGAGCUACAGCCAUAUUCAAUCCAAGUGUGGUUCCAAGGACAAUAUUAAGCAUGUCCCUGGAGGUGGCAAUGUUCAAAUUCAGAACAAGAAAGUGGACAUAUCCAAGGUCUCCUCCAAGUGUGGGUCCAAAGCUAAUAUCAAGCACAAGCCUGGUGGAGGAGAUGUCAAGAUUGAAAGUCAGAAGUUGAACUUCAAGGAGAAGGCCCAAGCCAAAGUGGGAUCCCUUGAUAACGUGGGCCACUUGCCUGCAGGAGGUGCCGUGAAGACUGAGGGCGGUGGCAGUGAGGCCCUUCCGAGUCCAGGCCCCCCCGCUGGGGAGGAGCCAGUCAUCCCUGAGGCUGCGCCUGACGCUGGCGCCCCUACUUCAGCCAGUGGCCUCAGUGGCCACACCACCCUGUCAGGGGGUGGUGACCAAAGGGAGCCCCAGACCUUGGACAGCCAGAUCCAGGAGACAAGCAUCUAAUGAUGACAUUCUGGUCUCGUCUUCCAUCUCCCCUGUGUUCCCUCUCUUGUCUCCCCCCUUGUUACCCUCUCCCAUCCCUCCUCACGUGUCACUGCAGAUUGAGACCUACAGGCUGACGUUCCGGGCAAAUGCCAGGGCCCGCACCGACCAUGGGGCUGACAUUGUCUCCCGGCCUCCCCACUUCCCUGGUGGCCCAAGCUUGGGGUCUCGAGUCCUGGGCUCCUUUUCCCGGGCUGUCUACUAGACUUGUAAGCUCUUGGGUGCUGGGCAGCCCCUUUAGGCCUCCCUCCCUCCUGCCUCGCUUGCUCAGGGCAGCAGCAGCCCCACUCGCUGCCAUUACACCUCCUUCCACCCCUUUCUGGGCCAACUCCAACUUCGCUAUCUCACCACUGCACCACUGCACCAUGGAGAAAGUGGGGCGGGGAUGGUAGUCCAGUGGGAUCUCUGUGGGAUCUACGGGUGAGGAGCUGGAUUCCAGCCUUGAUUGUUUGGUUUUUUUGGACCAAACCCAAAAGAAACUGACAAACCCUCCCUCUCUUCCCUGGCUCAACCUGGAGGGACUGGUAAAGGUGAACUCCAGUGGAGACCAGCACCGACUGAAUCCCUGGAACCUCACCACUCCUUGACCCCACGGUGGAAGCCACCAUGUAGCUGGUACCAGGCCCUUUUGCUGCCCCGCCUCAAGUUAGUCAAGGUUCAGUCCUCCUUGUCCCCACAACUUAUCGUACCUAAGUAGCUGCUGUCUCACUUUUUUAUUCUUUCCCCUCCCAAUAACUUAUGAACGGGUGGUGUAGUUUGCAGGUUGAAGCCAUGUCUAAAUGAGAGUUCUCAGUAGGUGGUGAGGGACGUGGGGAAGGAGAUCCCGAGUCUCCACUGAGGAGGCUGUCAGAUAUUGUUGGGGGUUGCCCUACUCUGGGCAGCUUGGGCCCUGUGGGAAGAAGUGAAGUCAGACGCUAGGGUGGGUCAGUGUGGCUGAUUGUGUUGGUAUUGUGUGUAUGCUGCUUUUCUAACCAAGAGGCUGGUUUUGGCAUCUAUCUCAUUCCCUGGGAAUCCGGUGAUUAAUGUGUGAUACAAAACCAGGGCUGGAGAAACAGAAAUGAAGGUCAAAAUCGCUGGCCUGUACCUGCAGGCCGUAGCACCCAAAUCCUCAUAUCUAGGGGAGCCUGAGAUGUCCAGAGCGCUUGUGAACAGUGGGGAAUCAGGUGUGAAAAUUUAAAACUAAAAUGCAUGAGACUGAGGCCAUCCAGUCUUCUGGUGUGACUGGAGAGGUGGAGCCAUGGUGGUGCAGCCAUCCCAGCGUGGUCUGCUCAUGGAUGGGAUGGCUGCAAUGUUGAGAAAAUCCCGGGAAUUUUAUCAACACAAGAUUCUUAUUGCACUUGUAUUUUUUGUAUUAAAGUUUGCAUGGUUUCUAAUAAAGGAUUCAAACCUAAGUUUGUAUUGAAAUGGCCUGGGAGUGUCUAAGGGCUCCUCUGAUAGGGCAUUUUCUGCUGGGCAGAUUUGCCUCUCAGGAGGCUGGCCCAGACUUGGUCCCCUUGGCCCUCCUCCUAACAGACUCUGCCUUUGCUUGGGUACAGUUUGAAGAGGUAGAGGUCUUUACUCUUUCUGCCAAGGGAAGGUAUCCCUGGGCUUGAAGGUCUUCUCCAUUUAUGAGGUAGCAGUUACUUUGUGAUAAUCUUGACACUGAAUCCCCAGCUCUCGAAGCACAUACAAAGAAUUGCUGGGACCUGUGGAAAAAAGACUGCCUGAGCUGGGGAGUGGCUUUCUUCCCAAGCUGUCAGAACUAAGCUUGGAGCCUGCAUUGUCUGUAUUUUGCAGCAAUAGUGGCCCAUGGAGCUGGGAGGGACGCAGUGGGGACCAGGGUAGCGAUGGCUGAGCGCAUACAGGUACUUGCUACCUUCCUUGAUGUUGAUCUUGGGGCCUUGAAGAUGCUAAGGAAAUUGACAACAAACAAGUCCAUUGGCCAAGGAUUAGAGAAAGGAAGGUAGCCCAAGCUCUGUAGGUAGCUCCCUGGAAGGAUCCCAAGAGCCAGAGAACCUGAGAAGGCUGGUCUAGCAGCUUGGGACCACAGGCCAUGUGAUGUGCAUACUUCAAAAUGUUUGGGAAUAAGAUCCUUCUGUAUUUUAUAGUUUGCUCAUGGCUUAGCCAUUACCCAUGUCUGUAAUUGUUGUACUGAUUUAAACAAUAAAGCUGCCUGACAUCCCACCA